UCUAACAGUAAGGGCUAAUAGUUACCGAGCGCUCAGUGAGCGCUUUGUUUUCUGAAAGCAACCAAUUCUUUAAUUUGCUACAACCUAACCUGCAAUGUAUUCUCGGCUUGCGUUGAAACUCUGCGAACGCUCUUUGUACCGUGUUUUAAGUAACGUUAGACUUCAGUGUAGCACAUUAAGUCAUGCUACGAAAAAAAGAGACGUUGAGAAACCAACUAUGGAACUCGCUUCGAAAAAAUUUCCUGGUUAUAAAAUAAUCUAUUUCUUUCCCUAUGUCGCUCAUGUCAGUGCUGUAAAUGCUGGGAAACGUAGUUUCACUUAUAUUACCGGCGCGGUUGUGCCUGUAAUGAUUGGACUUUAUUUGAUCAAUGCUGUUUCAAAUAAUAUAGCUGGUGCGUCAAUAUCUACCGUACUUAUACUAUCCGCAUGGCUACACUCUACCACAAUCCUGUGUAACAAUCUCGUCGGACUAAUAUAUAUAAAUUUGGACGAAGAAAGUGUGAUAUUAUCUUAUAUAAAUUAUUGGGGGCGGAGAAUCGACUUGAAGACCAACAUCCAUGAUGUAAUUCCUUUAUCAGAUAAUAGGCUUCGUAUUACCGAUCCUCUUUAUAAGACAAUCCUGUUUACUUCACAGAAGAAAAAGCUAAAAAUAAAUUUAAAACUAGGACAGAUAACAGACGUCAAUAAUUUCAAAUGUGUAUUAGGAACAGCUUAAUAGUUUCUAUAUGUAUAUGCUGUACAUAAACAUUGUAUUCUUUUUAUCAUUUUAUUUUUAAAUAAA